AUGUCCUGCUCAGGUAACCCAUCCAACUGUUCUUUCUGCGGAAACACCGAAACCAACUGUGCUAAAGUUGAAGUUGACGGAUGUACCACCAACCCCAAAGAAUGUACCGUUUGUCAAGGUAACGGAUGUGUAGCUAAGGAGUGUACUGGUAACACAUCUACAUGCCAAGCUUGUCAACAAGGACACUACACAACUUGCCGAAAAGUACAAGCUCAAAACCAAGCUACCGAAGGCAUUGAACCUGCUCGAAGCGAUUAA